GCGACGCAAGUGCGGCGAGUGGCUCGUCGUUUAACGUGCAUUCCUCGGUACGUCAAACGAUUGUCGAACGAUCGUCGUCGGCGACGCAUAAAUAAUCGUGAACGUACGGUGAAAAUUGUACGGGAGAUCCUUUACGAACCUUCGCACGGCCAGCCGAUCAGGGGGGGGGGAGGUACUGUGGAAGGUCGCGACCCGAGAAAUCGCGAUGUGAAUCGAGAAAACGGUAUCCCUCGUAUGUGUCUCGUUAGAACGCUUCUAAUCCUCGCAGGAUCGGAACGGGCGAACGCGAGAAGCAGGUGGUUAGCACUCCUUUCCAAGGUGAAAGUGUUCUAAGCCAACAGGUGCGUUCGUAAUUCGCGUACGGUUGCACGUGUACUUGCUUCGAACUGGCAGAGAACGACCGGGUUCGAAGGGAACCGUGAGUGAGGCGGGACACCUCCGGCCAAUCGCCGACUCCACUCUCCUCGACUUUUCCUUCGACAGGACGAGUCGAAGCCGAAGAAAACAUGAGCCUACUGUCCUCUUCCGCUAUCGGAGACGGUGUCUGCUGCCUGAUUGACGAAGAGGCCGAUCACAACAUGCUUCAGGAUCUACAAUUGGCAGCUGAACUCGGCAAAACGCUUCUGGAACGGAACAAGGAAUUGGAGAACAUCAUCAAAGCGCAUCAGACCACCGUCGAAGAACAGGCACAAGAAAUAGAGUACAUGAAGAAACAGACGGCUGCCCUGAGGGAAGUAAACGAUUCGCGAUUGAAAAUUUACGAGCAGUUGGAAGUUAGUAUACAGGAUUUAGAGCGGGCGAAUCAUCGGCUCGUUAUUGAGAACACCAGCGAUAAGAAGCUUAUCAAAAGCCAGUGUUUAACGAUCGAGAGCCUCGAGACACGCUGCGAAGAGCUGCAGAAGAAAAUCGACGAGAUAACCGAGCAACACGAAAGCCUGCUACGUCAACGGCAACAACAAUCGGAGGAAAAUUUAUCGACGAACACAGCGCAGACACAGACACAGCUAUGGAAAGCAUCGGUCACGCACAGUGGCAGCAUACAACAGGGCGCUGCCCCAUCCGGUCAAAAGAUUUCCUCCGGCGAGGAAGAAGAGGUCACAGAAUUAUUACGACAGUUGCAAGAAACUCGGAGCCAACGAGCCAGGGAACAGAAAAAAGUGACGGAGUUGGAACAGCAGUUGGCUAAUGUCCUGCAGGACAAUAACACCUUGGAGGAACAGUUGAACGUUUGGCGUAACAAGGCUCAGGAUAUCAGAAAUCUUCAGGAAGAGAUCAACACUUUGGAAGAAGUCAGACAAGGGCAACUGUGCGGACGUUGCUUGAGGGGAAUGGAAUCGAAGACGCACGACGAUCUUUUCAUAAUGUUGAAUCAGGAAGAGUACGACGACAUUAGCAUGACGGAAUCAUUGGUGAACGAUAGUCAACGAGAAAUCGAGCUACUGUCACAGGAUACGAGCGACAAGGACGGCGCACCGAACGAUCUGAAUAAUCCCUAUAGAGUUCUGGUGGAGAAGUAUCAAGCCCUGCUAGAAGUUCAAAGGCAGUCAGCGAUCAAGCGAAAGGACAGCACGCCGGCUGCUUGUAUGUCGUUGCAAGAGGAACUGGAAAUGUCCGGCGAGUUCAACAGCUUCCAGAACUCAACAUCCGAGCCGGAAGCCCAGCAACAGGAGCCGGCGAAGCCGAAUGUGGCACGCGGUAAAGAAAUCAACAAGAAAGCCUUCUCUUCAACGCCGACAGACUUCUCCGAGGCGGAGACGCUGUCUUCCGGCUUCUCAGACGAGACCAGCAACAAGAUGACUCAGACUGAGGACCGACCGGGCUCGUUCCUCUGCUCGAUAGCCGACGGGGAGGACUGCAAGUUCAGUAUCUACGACGACAACAGCCCGUUCGAGAGCCGCUUCAGGAAAACGCCGGAAUAUAGACAGCUGUUCCAGGAGAUAUUCACGGUGCUCAAGCGAGCUGCGGAGGCGAAGGACGGAGGCGAGAAGCUGCCGCUGCUCGAUGUUUCCCACAACCUGAACGCUACCACCGUUUCCCAACCACAGUCCUCAGUUCCCCUGCAGGAAGAUAUCGUGCCUGGCGAAACCACGGAUGAUAACCAGAGCGUCGUAUCCUCCGUUCUAUCCUCAACCGUGUCCGAGCCCGUUCACAGGAUUCAGGUGCCAGUCACAUCCUCGAGAGGGACAGAUGGAAACCGACAGGGCAAAGAUGAUUCGUCACAUGCUAAGAAUCGAAGAAACGCGGAUUACGUAUGGAUGAAUGGUACUAAGAAACCGGGAAGGAAGCACGCGGGUAGGAAGCAUGUUUCCAACGAUAGAUCCACAACUCCAGACGUAAUACCGACUACCAAUCCCAAAUUCAUCUCGCCCAAGUCUAAUAGGAGAAAGUUUAGACCGUUCACGGCUGCGGAUCAGAAUAGUUGCGUCAACAACGGAGGGUAUAAUUACCCAAGUAGAGUCAGGGAAUCUCCUAAUCCUAGUAGGGGCAGAAUAAAUAAUGGUUACGCUCGUAACGAUCAGCAUCAGAGCAAUGGUUUCGAGUACAGAGAAUACGCCCAGAGCUCAGCCUCGAAAGACGUAGCGCGGUUGAAGCGUUUGGAGAUGUCGUACGCGGAGGUCCUUCAGUUCUCGAACAAGUCGAAACUUACCAAUCAUCGUAGAAAUUAGAAUACAUCCUAUAGACAAUAUUAUUACGCACGACAGGUAUACGUAGGUACCUAGGAGGAGAGAAGACUUCUUUUUUAUACGUAAUUAGUCGAACGAGAUUAAUUUAAAUGAUUAAUUUAACGUCAAUAUGGACGGGAUUAAAUUAUUUCAGAUGUAGUAGGUGAGACUCAGUAUUGGGAAUCAGUGCUAAUUCCACCGCGUUUUGUAAAUAUUUCACCGAGAUAUUAUUGCACACAGCUCUUAGGUACUAAACUAGCUGACGGUUUCUCCUUCUCCUUUCUCUUUUUUAUAGUCUUUUAUAUUUCGAGUGCGCGUAACGUUUACAUGUGAGUAUGCAUGGUCGUCGGAGGCACAAGUUGGAUUAUAACAAAUGAUUAAAGUUUGUAAGAUGAAUCGAAACGUGCCUCACGUUACAACUACUGUAGCCGUAUAGUAACUUGGAAUAAAAUUAUUUAUGUGCCAUUUACUACGUCCAAUUAUAAUCGCCAAAGUACGUAGUAUACUUAAUCGAACUUCCCGAGAAACUUUGCAAUCGGCUAUCUCGACAUUGACGACACUCAAUCUUAUAGUGUAUAACAAAUAAACAGUAACGGAUCGUUCGCAA